GGUGGCAAUGCAGGGUCGGGUGGCCAUUUAUAAAUGGCCUCCCCGCACCCUGCUUGUGCGCGUUCCCCGGGAGCGCGCAGCCCCCCGAUCCGGUGCCCGCUGUGUGCUCCGAACCCAGUGAAACACCGAUCGUCGGACGGGACCUCAGUGAUCACUACGUGUGAAAUCUGUGCAUGAUCACAGAGGUCACAUGGUACAAGGCUAUUCACAACAGCCUUGUACCAUGUGACAAGCUGUGACCAAUCACAGCUCACUCAGUA